AUGUCAAGGGACACAACGCUUUCUGCUCCAGUUGCGGGAGCAACGUUAUAUAAAUUGAAGGCUGGCUCAAUGCUUUCUAAAGCUAAAGCCUUUGCGAAGACUCUGUCUGCCGACAAGCUCCAGGAAAUGAGCGACGAGGAAUUGCAACUUUAUGUUCAACGUCUGGACGAGAACAAGGCGAUAUUUAUCCAGGUCCAUGACAAGCUUGAGGAGCUGGAUUUUAGCGAAAUCGGCAGCGUGGUUCGCGACGAUUUUGAGGAGCUAACCAUAUCAACAAAGGUUAUGUUGAACAUUGAGUUGGGUAAGCGAAAAGGUGCGGCAAUUCGUAGCUCCACACUUAGGCCAGAGCCCUCCAUGGAUUUCCAUUCCAUGUCAGCGGCUAGGAGAUCUCAUUUGCCCGAAUUGAGACUGCCUGAAUUUUCUGGUGGCUAUUCCGAAUUUGCCGACUUUCAGUCAACGUUCAUGGCCAUUAUCGACAGUGACGUUGAGCUUUCUAACAUUGAGAAGCUCCAGCAUCUCAAGUCUUGCCUAAAGGGUUCCGCCUUGGAUACAGUGCGCUCAUUGGAGAUAUGCGAAAAUAAUUAUGCUGCAGCCUGGGAUUUAUUGAACAACCGUUUCAAUAACAAGCGACUUAUUUUCCAGUCCCACAUAAAUGAAAUUUUGAGCCUCCCUAAGGUCGACAUGCAGUGUGCCACGAAGCUGAGAGAAAUGUCCGACAAAAUUAACGCAAAUCUACGUGCUCUCCAGUCUAUGGGGCAGAUUAAGUUGGCUGCUGGGUUACCCCUAUUGCAAAAAACGAAGCUUGGUUGGAGCGUAACUGGAGGUGGAUCUUCUUCUAUCAAGGAAACUGGAUUACAGGAUCAAGCUGUGCAUCGAAAAUUGAUUGCUGCUCGCAUGGAUGACGUUGAUGAUCUGAUCACAGGAGGGCAAUCAGCACAAGAGGUCCUCGAAAUCAACGACGUUCGUGAUCAAACUCCUGACUCGGAAAGGGGAACAUUCCUGAGGAUUGACGAUGGCAGCGACAAGACGCUCGGUCUAGCCUGGGAUCCUGCAGCGGAUGUUUUUCGUUCUUCUUUUUCUUCCAUACAGGUCUCUCCAAAGCCAAGCAAAAGGAUGGUGUUGUCCACAACUGCUCAGGUUUACGAUGAGUGCGUUCCCCAGGGACUCAACACGUCAUGGCGGAAGUUGCUAUCUGGCAUGGGUCGUACCCAGCAAAAGACGUUUCUUCGACCUGCGUUGGAUCCAACAGCUGAUGGCAAACGACAGGCGCAUCUACUUUAUUCAAAGUCUCGUGUGGCGCCUUUGAAGACUCUCAUGGUUUUCAAAUUGGAGUUCUACGCUACCUUGUUACUGGUCCAACUGAUGCGAGACGUACGCAACACGAAGCUCUUCGAUUUUGCUGAAACUUUAUCAUCGAUAAGCUAUGAACCUUUACGAUUUCAAGUAUAUGUUGCUAAUCCAAUGUCUAUACUUCAAGAGCUAUCCAGUGGCAUGAAUUGGCGCUACGUUCCGGCUGACUGCAAUCCAGCCGACAUCUUGACAAGAGAAACUUCCCCGAGUGAGAUUCUGGAACCUGCCCUUUGGUUCACCAGCCCAGCGUUUCGUCUCGAGAAUCGCAAUGCGCAGCAUCCUACACUGGACUUGCAUCGGAAUAGCAUUCUGGUCCGCGAGCGCUGCUCGCUUACAUGCGUCUUCAACGUUGGCAGCAACGACCAAGGUGGCACACUCCCAAACCUGCGCUACAAAUCGACGAGGUCGUCUCCACGUUGCCUCCGCCUCAAUGGCCGUUAG